GCUGAGUCACUCUCACGAGGUGCAGCUCCAGCCUCAGCUCUGGCUCCUGCAGCAUCAGCUACUGCGGCAUUGCGGAGUAAACGGGAGCCGGCCCGGUACAGCCUAACCCGGGACAGCAAAGCCCAGCCCAGCCCAGCCCAGUCCAGUCUCGGAGCACUGCACCCCUGACAAUCAGCGUUACCAUCCCCACCCAGCCUUCUCCACCUUCCCCUCUCCCAACACCACCUUGUAGCAGACCCUGGUUUCCCCCCCCCCUCUCUCCAUCCUUGGCCAGCAGCAGCAGCAACACAAUGCCCAGGGAGUUAACGCGGAACCCGAUGCAGAAAAUCUGGAUCCCUUACAAGGAUGAGCGGCCGGCGUUACUGUCCCGACCAUCUGUUCCCCACCUGACCAAUUCCCCCACUGUGAUUGUGAUGGUGGGAUUACCAGCUCGAGGGAAGACCUAUAUUGCUAAGAAACUGACUCGCUACCUCAAUUGGAUUGGAGCCCCGACUAAAGUCUUUAAUGUUGGAGAAUACCGUCGAGAGGCUGUAAAAUGGUACCGUUCUUAUGACUUCUUCCGGCAUGACAAUGAAGAUGCAAUGAAGAUUAGAAAGCAGUGUGCAUUAGCGGCCUUAAGAGAUGCAAAAUCCUACCUUACUGAGGAUGGUGGUCAGAUUGCAGUUUUUGAUGCUACAAAUACCACAAGAGAAAGGAGAGAGAUGAUCCUAAACUUUGCCAAAGAACAUGAAUGGAAGGUAUUUUUCGUGGAAUCUGUUUGUGAUGAUCCAAGUGUGGUGGCUGCAAACAUUAUGGAUGUGAAAGUGUCGAGUCCAGAUUAUAUGGAUUGUAACAGAACAGAUGCAAUGGAAGACUUCCUGAAGAGAAUUGAAUGCUAUAAAGCAACAUACCAGCCCUUGGACCCAGAUCAUUAUGACAAGGAUCUGUCAUUCAUCAAAGUGAUUAACGUAGGCCGGAGAUUCCUUGUGAACCGGGUCCAAGAUCACAUCCAGAGCAAAAUAGUUUAUUACCUGAUGAAUAUUCAUAUCCAGCCUCGGACAAUCUACUUGUGUCGCCAUGGGGAAAGUGAAUACAAUAUCCAAGGCCGGAUUGGUGGGGACUCUGGCCUCUCAUACAGAGGAAAGAAGUUUUCCUCUGCACUCAGCACCUUUCUGGAGGAACAGAAUCUUAAGGAUCUGAAAGUAUGGACCAGCCAACUGAAACGAACCAUCCAAACAGCUGAGGUUUUGGGAGGUCGAUAUGAGCAAUGGAAGGCUCUGAAUGAAAUUGAUGCUGGUGUAUGUGAGGACCUAACCUAUGAAGAAAUCAAGGAACAGCAUCCUGAGGAAUAUGCAUUACGUGAACAGGACAAAUAUUAUUACCGCUACCCAACCGGUGAGUCUUACCAAGACUUGGUGCAGCGUUUAGAACCAGUCAUCAUGGAGCUGGAGAGACAGGGAAAUGUAUUGGUCAUAUGUCACCAGGCUGUCAUGCGUUGUCUCCUUGCUUAUUUUCUAGAUAAAAGUGCAGACGAGCUGCCCUACCUAAAGUGUCCUCUUCACACUGUAUUAAAAUUGACUCCAUUUGCUUAUGGCUGCAAGGUUGAGUCUAUCUUUUUAAAUGUGGAAGCAGUAAACACACACAGAGAUCGACCAGAGGACAUUGGUAAGAAGGGAUCUAACCCACUCAUGCGUCGCAAUAGUGUUACCCCUCUGGCAAGCCCAGAACCCAACAAAAAGCCGAGGAUUGAAGGCCUAGAUGACCACGUGGCCUCCUCUUCCUCUGCCAUGCCCGUCUGCCUGGCUUCUGAAGUGUCCACACCCCUGCCUGGACAAUCUUUACUAGGCAAGGCUUACCUACAUACAGUUUUUCGUUAUCUCAACAUUUUAUUCUUGUUAAUCCUUCGAAGAUAGUGAAUGAGGUCCCAAGAUCUUCGGAGGUUGUCUGACCGUCUUUCUCAUAUCAAGAAUGAAACCUUCCUUUCAAUUUUAAAGAACUUAUGAAGCUACAUUCAUCCCCACUGCCCCUAAACCUCCCCAUUAUUGAAAAAGCACUGGAUUCCUUUGCUUAAAUCUCCACUGGUUGUAAGUUUCUUCAAGCGAUUCAUCGGAGAGAUGAGAGAAUAUGAAUUGUAGACUUCGCCAGAAAGGAUCAUGACUAUUUUCACUGACUGUGUAAUAUGAAUGUCUUGCUACUGUAAUAAUGUGCAAGUGCUUUUAGUGAACAAAACUUGUUCUUCUGUUUGUAAAUACCUAGUAAAUCUCGUUGGAGGGAUACAUUGAACUGUGUAUGCAUAUAUGAAGUAAAUAGUUGCCCAAUGAGGGUUGGAAUCUAGAUUUCCAUGCUUUGGUGUUCAUGAGUCCAUGCAGUCUUUUAAAUGUAUGAAUAUUUCUGGUCCUGAAAUUGACACUACGAUAACCAGGCUGAUUUGUGACCAGUUGAAAUUUAAAAUGCUGGAAUUCAUGUUCACAAGAUUGGCACACUGCUACCUAAAUUAAGUGGCCAGAUAUUGUAUCCGGAGACAGAAUAAGGCUGGGGUUGCCAUUUGACCAAAAUUUUGUUUUCAAUUAUUUGUUUUCCCCUUUUGUCAUUUCACAGAAAUGACUUGGAAAUACCAGAUGUUGUUUUUGACUUACAAUGGCUCCCAGGCUUGUAAUUAGACCCUGGAGUCACAAGCACCGUAUAACAAACGCAGACCUGUCAAACUACAAGUAAUUGUCUUCUGAGUACCUAUUUGCACAUCACUGUGAAAUGCCAUUUUUUUUUUGUAAAAUGUUAAUAACUUGAUGGCUUUCCAGUUCAGCUUAAAUUGGAGAAGAUGCAUGCUCAGCACUUGAAUAGGGAAGGUGUUCAUUCCUAAAAUGUUGGAGGAAAUCAUUGAAAUGUCCAUGUUAAUGGUCAUGCUUCUUAAUCCCAUAAUACGAUAUGGACUCAAUCACCUGCAUGAAUUGAUGGUGAUGUCUCUGGAAUCCAGCUUUGGAUGUGAGAAUCCUACCCUUUUUUCUUGAUGUACAUUCUUGGGCCACCAGUGAAUGCUGGCCUUUGUAGUCUCUGCUAAGAGAACAAUGUCUCCUUCCUGCUCUGACUUUGAUGUAAACAUUCAGAAUACAGCUAAUGACUUCAACUGAAAUUUUGUUACCAAAUGCAUUGAAUUACCAGAACAUUGAAAUGUUCUACCUGAUGUAUGCUGUUUAUUGAUCAGCUGUGCUGCUGGUUCUGGAGCAGCCAAGGAUUCCAAUAUUACCAAAGGGUCUAGUUUUGUUUGUUGAGCUCCAAGACUUUAAGUUACAUGUCUGUUACAUGAGCUGAUGCGUGGGAUGGUAAAACCGCAGUGCCUAGUGUGUUUGUCUUGCACAGCAUAAAUCUUGCGUUUAGCCAUUUUGAUGAGGAAGCUUGAAGCUGUACUUGACGUGCAGUCUACCAGCAUGAUAUCGACACUCUAUCCCUAUUUUUGAGAUGAAUGCGUUAUUGCACAAGUUUUAUUUAUCUGAUUUUGGUUCAGAGGGAUUGGUUUUAAGUGGGUAUUUUAAAUCAGAUAGAAUGGGGGUUUCUUCUGCAUACUGCUGGCUGCAGCUUUAGUGAGUACUGGAUUCCAUAGCAUUCACCAAAGCAUUUCUGUUGUAAUGUUCUCAUUCCAAUUGAAUGGCAUCAUUAUAUUCUGACUUUAAAGUGGAUCAGUAAACCCUGUGUGGAUAGGCUUGUGGCCAAACUGAGCAAGUUGUUUGGGUUGUAUUUUUGUAGUUUAUUGUUGAAUGAAUGUUAGAUUUUUUUUUUUGUAUUUUUUAAUAGUACUGAUUCUGUUCUAACAUAAAUUUUUAUUUAAGAUGAUGGUUCAGAGUUUGGAAAAAACUUUUCCAUCUCAUUGUUUGGCAUGUUGCAUCUUCUGUGUGUGUAUGUAUGUAGGUGUACAUUGCUUUUUUUUUCCUGAGGAAAAUAGCUAGGUCAUGCCAGCAGAAGUAUACAGGGUACAUCUUUCUGAUUAUGUGUAUUUUGCAUUUGCUGGACCAAUAAUAAAAACUUUAACUUAAAA